AUGAACAGUGAAAAAAGCUAUGAUUCAUUACCAAACUUCACUGCUGCUGACUGUCUAAGACUUCUUGGUAUAGGAAGAAACCAGUAUAUAGAUCUAAUGAAUCAAUGUAGGUCUUCAAAAAAAUUUUUCAGAAGGAAAAGUGCUCAUGAUCUGUUACCCGUGAAACCCGUGGAGAUUGCUAUAGAAGCUUGGUGGGUCGUGCAGUCUGGCUACAUCACUGAGGACGACAUCAAGAUUUGUACUACAUUGGAGAAGUCUGCUAUUGAUAAGAUAAUUGAUUCAGGUCCUCAGCUUGCUGGUUCAUUAGACUUCAAUGUAGUUCACAGUUUGUAUAACAAAGGAUUUAUUUACCUUGAUGUACCAAUAUCUGAUGACAGCUGUAUAGCAGUGCCACCACUUGAAGGUUUUGUGAUGAACAGAGUGCAAGGUGAUUACUUUGAAACGCUCCUGUACAAGAUAUUUGUUUCAAUAGAUGAACACACUAAUGUGGCAGAGCUUGCAAAUGUCCUAGAGAUUGACUUAUCUUUGGUAAAGAAUGCUGUGUCCAUGUAUUGUCGGUUAGGCUUUGCUCAUAAAAAAGGCCAAGUAAUAAACCUGGAUAAUCUUCAUCCAUCAUGGAAGAACGUUCCUUCAAUAAACAGACUGAAGAGUACUUUGGACCCUCAAAAGAUGCUGCUUUCAUGGGACAGUGGGGAAAACAGAAGUCCUAUACAGGAAGUUGGGUCAUCAGCCACAGAUACAGAUACCAACAGUCAAGAUGAUCCAGCUGAAACAGCCAGCGUGAGCAGCCUGAAUCUGUCUAGCGGACACACAAAGCGUAUUGCCUUCCUGUUUGAUUCUACUCUCACUGCCUUUCUAAUGAUGGGAAAUCUUUCACCAAACUUGAAAAGUCACGCGGUCACUAUGUUUGAAGUUGGGAAACUGUCAGAUGAGAGUCUUGACAGCUUCUUGGUGGAACUGGAAAAGGUUCAAAGCACAGGUGAAGGGGAAGCACAGCGGUACUUUGAUCAUGCUCUUACACUGAGAAACACAAUACUGUUUUUGCGGCAUAAUAAAGACCUUGGGGCACAAGCUGUACAGCCUGAUCAACCAAAUAACGGCUUUCCCUUGGACCUCUUACGAUGUGAGAGUUUGCUCGGCUUGGAUCCAGCUACCUGCAGUAGAGUUCUCAACAAAAAUUAUACUCUGCUGGUUUCCAUGGCACCACUCACCAAUGAAAUUCGACCUAUUAGCAGCUGUACACCCCAGCAUAUUGGACCUGCAAUACCAGAAGUCAGUUCAGUUUGGUUUAAACUGUAUAUUUACCAUAUAACUGGGCAAGGACCACCCUCGCUGUUGCUCUCUAAAGGAACACGUCUUCGGAAACUUCCAGACAUUUUUCAGGGUUAUGAUCGCUUACUAAUAACGUCUUGGGGUCAUGACCCAGGAGUAGUUCCUACUUCAAAUGUGCUCACAAUGUUGAAUGAUGCUUUAACACAUUCUGCUGUUCUAAUUCAGGGACAUGGCAUGCAUGGAAUGGGAGAAACAAUGCACGUACCUUUCCCAUUUGAUGAAGCUGAGCAGCAGGGAGACUUCUCUCGUGUGAACAUGGGCAUUCAUACGGCUUUAAAGAUACUGAGAAGCAAAGUAGACUUGCAGCACUUUUGUGGCUAUGUCACCAUGUUGAAUCCUUCAAGUCGGCACACCAACAGAAAGCUGAGUGAUGCUUCUGAUGGAAGAGGAGAGGCUGAACUAGCGUCAGGAUCUGAUGUAAAUGGGAGCACAGAAUCAUUUGAAAUGGUAAUAGAAGAAACCUCAAUGGAUUCUGCAGCCAAGCAAAGCCUUGAAGUACCCACAACAGAACUGGAAUGGGUUCCCCUGGAAUUAUGCUUUGGCAUUCCUCUCUUCAGCUCUGAGUUGAAUCAGAAAGUCUGCAGAAAAAUUGCCACUCAUGGAUUAUGUAGAAAAGAAAGCCUUCAAAAGCUCCUACAUUCCAGUAGAAAGCUGUCUCUCCAGGUCCUUAAUUUUGUUCAUUCAUUCCAGGAAGGUAUUUCAACACUGGAUCAGCUCCAUGAUGCUGGUUCUUCAAGUUCACUUUUGCAGCCUGUUUCUGCAGAUAUGGGUGUUCCCCUUCCUGCCAAGAAUCUCAUGUUCAGAGAAGGUGUAUUAUCAGAAUGGAAUGGAUAGUCCCCUUCCUCAG